AUGCUUCGUCGAGUUUUCCCUGUGAGUCGUGCUGCCGUGCGAGGCCCAACGCUGGCGCUGACUGCCGCGCUGCGUCACGGCCAUCACGCGCAGACGCAGCAUGACUUUUCAGGGUGUUUUUUGAGAAAAUUGACAAGAGAGGAGGAGGAGUCGCUGAGAAUCCUGCAAGAUAAUCGUCCCGUCUCUGCUGUGGUGCCAGGCAAGUUAUUUAUGCGGCAUUGGAUAGCCGCCGAGCAGUCGACCGUAUCGGUAGUGAACCGUGUCAUGUCUGGUAUCAUCUCUUUGUGCCUGAUGCUUUGGAGCUGCGGCUACGCGACGCUGGGCUACAACGGCCACAACUGUGCUCAUGUUGCGGGCUGGACUUUCAUUGCGUUCUGGUUGGUUCUCCACACCCACUGCAUGGCGAUGAUUCCCCUCUUUUCGCUCCUUGCCCUGAUGCAGUUGGUGCUGAACUAA